CCGUUGUCUUGAAGUUGUAAUUUUCCAGUUGAUGCUGAUGUUUCAUAGUGACUGAAAUGGUCUCGUAUUUUGCAUAAAUACCUGACCAUGCUAGCCAAUGUAAUUUAGAACAAUUAACAAAAGAUCCUUUUUGAACUAUCCAAAUCAUGUCAUCUUUCUUAAUACCAUUCAAAGUCAUGUUCUUCCUCGUACUUGUCCUGCUUCACUCUUACUCUGUUUUUGCUUCUUCAUCCUCCAUUGCUGCACUUACAAGAGGUAAAGAAGCGGAAGCUCUUCUAAAAUGGAAAGCUAGCCUUGACAACAACACCCGAACUUUGCUCUCUUCCUUGUGGGUUGGAGACAGCCAUUGCAGUUGGGUUGGAAUUACCUGCGACAAGGCUGAAAGCAUCACCAAUCUAAGCCUUCCAGAUUAUGGGUUGAAAGGUACACUUCAUAGUCUUAACUUUCUCUUCUUCCCUAACCUGAUGAGGUUUAACCUUCGUAACAGCUCACUGUAUGGGCCCAUUCCCUCACACAUUGGGAACCUUUCCAAACUCACCUUCCUUGACUUGUCAUACAAUAACUUUUCGGGGAAUAUUCCAUCCGAGCUCGGCAAUCUUACUCAUUUGCAAUCAUUACAAUUAGCAGAUAACCAUCUCAGUGGUCCAUUACCCAAAAAUUUAUGCAGGGGUGGACAACUCGCAAAUCUUACGGCUUUCAACAACAAUUUGACGGGUCAUAUCCCACCAACUUUGAAAACUUGAAAACGUUUAUAUAGAGUUAGGCUUGAAGGAAACAACUUUACAGGAAAUAUAUCAGAAGCUUUUGGAAUAUAUCCUAAUUUGACUUAUAUUGCAUUAAGCAACAACAAAUUUUAUGGUGAACUUUCGCCAAACUGGGGGCAAUGCCAUAGUCUAACAAGCCUGCAAAUCUCCAAUAAUAACAUUUCUGGAAAGAUACCACCUGGGCUGAAGCAUGCAACUCAAUUACGCGAGCUCGAUGUCUCUUCAAAUCAUCUCAUUGGUGAGAUUCCCAAGGAAUUGGGAGCAUUGACAUUGAUGUACAAACUUUCGCUAAGUGGUAACCAACUUUCAGGCAAAAUUCCACCAGAGAUUGGAGUUCUUUCAAAUCUAGAAUAUCUUAACUUGGCAUCAAACAAUUUGAGUGGACCGAUUCCUAAUCAACUUGGAGAGUGCUCAAAGUUAUUGAACUUGAAUUUGAGCAAGAACAAACUUGGAGAAAGCAUUCCACUUUCAGUAAGCUACAUAAAUGGCCUUCAAAAUCUAGAUUUAAGUCAGAAUUUACUUAUUGGGGAGAUACCACAAGAGCUUGCAAAAUUACAUUCCUUGGAAAGAUUGGACCUUUCUCACAAUAUGCUCAAUGGUUCCAUCCCAAAUUCUUUUAAUAAUUUGCAAAGCUUGACUGUUGUGAAUAUAUCUUACAAUCAAUUAGAAGGCCCUAUUCCGAACAUUAAGGCAUUUCAUGAGGCUUCAGUUGAUGCCUUAAGAAACAAUAAGGGAUUAUGUGGUAAUGCCACUGGACAAAUGCCUUGUGCUGUCGCUGCCACUAGCAACGGUCAUAGAAAAAGCACCAAAGUCAUCAUUUUCAUUGUGCUUCCACUCUUUGGUCUUCUUCUUUUGCUCAUUAUCAUAGCUGGAAGUUUCCUUAUUCUUUGCCAAAAGAACCAAACCAGAAAAUCCAAGUUAAUCGAGGCAAAACUUGGAGAUUUUUUCACAUUGUGGGAAUAUAAUGGAAGAAUACUCCAUGAGAACAUUAUUGAAGCCACUGAAGAUUUCAGCUCCAACAAUUGCAUUGGUUCAGGAGGCUAUGGAGCUGUUUAUAAAGCUGCGCUACCCAUUGGUGAGGUGGUUGCUGUGAAGAAACUUCACCAAUCUGAAGAUUGUAUGAUUUCCAACAACUUGAAGGCCUUUGAAAGCGAGAUUCAUGCUUUGUCAGAAAUAAGGCAUCGUAACAUUGUGAAGCUGUAUGGCUUUUGUUCACAUCCAAAGAACUCAUUUUUGGUUUAUGAGUUUGUAGAAAGGGGAAGUUUGAGAAUGGUGCUAAGCAACAAGGACAAGGCAAUGGAGUUGGAUUGGGAGAAGAGGCUAAAUGUUGUAAAAGGAGUGGCCAAUGCCUUGUCUUAUAUGCAUCAUGACCAUUCACCGCCGAUAAUUCAUCGAGACAUUUCUAGCAACAAUGUUCUUCUGGAUUUGGACUAUGAGGCUCAUGUCUCAGAUUUCGGCACAGCUAGGCUUUUAAAGCCCGACUCUUCUAAUUGGACCUCAGUUGCUGGCACUUUCGGAUACAUAGCUCCAGAGUUGGCUUAUACAAUGAAAGUAGAUGAGAGAUGUGAUGUUUACAGUUUUGGGGUGCUAACAAUGGAAAUAUUUAUGGGGAGGCAUCCUAGUGACUUGAUUUCAUGUUCACCAUCGUCGUCAUCGGCACUGACAUCAACAUCGACAUCGAUACCAAAUGACAACAAAUUGAUUUUACUUAAAGAUGUGAUAGACCAACGCCUCUCACCACCGGUAAGGCAAGUUGCAAAGGAUGUUGUCUCUACUAUAAAGCUAGCAUUUGCAUGCUUGAAUGGCAGUUCCCAACUUCGGCCAACCAUGCGACAAGUUGCUCAAGACCUUACCCGUCAAUCACUUCCAUUGCCCAAUCCUUUCUCAAUCAUAAAAUUGGGAGAGUUGUGGGAUCAUGAAGUCUGCAGUGGCUAA